AUGCCGUCGCGCUUAAAUGCGCCUGCGCCGGUGCUGUCCUUAGACGCAGCCAAAAUGCACCAAAUAGACCCCUCAAACGCCUGCAGUCUCAUGGCUAUGUGGUCUAUUUUCUCCAAAUGCUCAGAAACUUUGAAGGAUGGUCCACGAUUAGAAAACAUGAGCUGGAGGGUAUGGUCUCGCGAGUCAUUAUGUGUGGCUCAGGGCGACUUGUCACCAGCCAGGUCCAGUGGCGUGCCAUCAUUAUCAAAUUCAUACUCCUCAGACGACAGCCUCAGUAGUGAACGAGCAGCAUUCCCCGUGGAUUCUGGCUCGAGAUCGCGAUCAUUCGGACACGAUGACUGCGCCAGCUCCCUGUCACGGUCCCGACAUCUAACAUCUCACACCCUGGAGAAGAUCGUGGUUAGCAUACAAGAGAAGGCCGCAUUAGGCCCAUUAUCUCCCUCCCUUGAAGCUAGCCUUACCGCAUUACCCAGCACUUCGCAUCAUACAACAGCCUCCCAACCCAAAUCGGAACCUGAAUCCACAGCCGCUUCAGACAACCUGCAGAAUUCGACCGACUCUUGUUUUUCUGCUACAACGAACGAAACCGCGGAUACUGCUCGACAAAGUGAGCAUCGAAAUUCGGAUACUUCAGUCUCUUCGGAUGGCCUGAUACGAAGCGGAUCUGUCGUACAUGGCUUCUCUCCGGUGGCGUCAUCUUUUCGAAAACCGACUGGCUCCGGCAUGCAACUUGCUGUGUCGUCUAAGCUUAUCCCCAAGGGAAAAACACUGAAGCCUGCCAUGUUCACGUUAGGAGGAUCCUCCGAGGAUGAUGAUUCGUCUUUCGAGCAACGGGUCUUAUCAGUACGCCCUCCACCACAAAAGAGUUCCUUGUCUCAAAGCUUGAGCAAGAACAACUUGGUUGUGGGUGGCAAUUCCAACGCUGCUCUUCAACCCAAACGGACUUCCUUCAGAGACGUCGUUGCGCAACGGAGAAUUCAAGAAGACGCGGAGAACGAUGAGGGAGCAAUUGAAAGUAGUGAUGAAGAAGAUGACACGGACGAGGUGGUUGAGUCGGCCAUUGACGAAGAGGAUGAAGAUGAUCCCGACUGGGAAGAUUCCAACUCCGAUGAUGGCAAACCUGUGCACGAGAAUCAUCUUUUCCGGCGUGUAGAAAGCCGACCUGACCUGGUCUCACGAAGGUCGAUGCUGACGCUGGCAUUGAACAAAGGGCAAGGGCAAGGGCAAGGGCAAGCGAGAUUGAACCAUGCUUUUUCACAGCCUGUACUACGUCAGUCACGGUCCUCCUCCCCACAAGGGAGUUCGUUGGCCGCAUCUCCCGAGGACGAUGAUGAUGGGAUGGUGAUGCGGACUCGACAACGGGCACCUAUUGCUAUCCCUCCACCUAAUCCUUCGGCCAAGUCCGUGGCGCAUUCGCCACGGACCACACGUCGGAAUAUGUUGUCUACUGAAUUGACCGAGUCUUUACGCAAGAACCUGCUUUGGGAACGGCAGCAGAAAUCUCAGGCGGCCAACGCUUUCCUCAAACGAAGCCGCAAUGCACAAAGCAUGGCAAAUCUACAAGCACAUACGGCACCAUCGGUUGGGCCUGCUCAACCACCUCUCCCAGCGACGGAAACCUCGAAGAAUAACUCGUGGAAUCACUAUUUUGACAAUCCGUGGGAGUACCAUGCCAAAGGCUGGUGA